AAUAAAUCUCAAAAUGCCCGUUUUAGCCCCAAGGCUUCUCUUCUCCAAAACAGCUCCUUCGUUCAACAUCCAAGCUUCCUUGACUCGCAAGCUUGUCGAAUCCUCCGAUCUCUGCAGCACGACCUCCCUACAUGCCCAAAUCCUGAAACUCGGGCUCGUAAACGACACUGUCACUACCACUCACCUUAUCAAUGGGUAUGUCCGGAUACGAGAAACGGACAUUGCACGCCAGUUGUUGGAUGAAAUGCCUGAACCAAAUGUUGUCUCUUGGACUUCGGUUAUUUCCGGUUAUAACGACGUGGGUCGACCUAAAAUGGCUCUGAUGCUGUUUCAGAAGAUGCAUGAAGAGAACUCGGUGUUGCCUAAUGAGUUCACGUUUGCCAGUGUGGUGAAAGCCUGUUCCUCGCUCGCUAAUUCGAAAGCGGGGAAAAGGGUUCAUGCCCGUCUUGAGAUUUCUGGGUUCAGACAAAACUUUGUGGUUAGUUCUUCGCUUGUCGACAUGUAUGGGAAAUGCAACGAUUUGGAAACAGCUCGGUGGGUUUUUUACUUGAUGGGAUAUGACAGAAAUGUUGUUUCUUGGACAUCGAUGAUCACAGCGUUCGCCCAGAACGCUCAUGGCGAUGAGGCCAUUGAGUUGUUCAGAGAAUUCAUUGCUUCAACAUCAGAAAGGCCAAAUCAUUAUAUGCUGGCUAGUGUUAUUAAUGCGUGCUCUAGUUUGGGUCGGUUACAAUGGGGAAAGGUUGCACAUGGAGCUGUAAUCCGUGGUGGUCAUGAACUGAACAAUGUUAUCGCUACUUCUCUUCUUGACAUGUAUGCGAAAUGUGGGUGUUUAAACUACUCGGAGAAAAUCUUCCUAAGGAUUCGUGAACAUUCUGUUAUCUCCUACACCUCCAUGAUUAUGGCAAUGGCAAAGCAUGGACUUGGCAAAUCAUCGCUCAAACUGUUUCAAGAAAUGGUUCAGAAGAGAAUAAAGCCUAAUGAUGUCACAAUGAUUGGGAUAUUAAACGCUUGUAGCCAUUCAGGCCUUGUCGAGCAAGGUCUAGAGUAUUUCAACUCUAUGUACGAGAAGCACGGACUAUCUCCUAACUCAAAGCACUACAAUUGUGUUGUUGAUAUGCUCGGAAGAGUUGGUCGUGUUGAUCAAGCGUAUGACUUGGCCAAAAAAAGCGAAGCUGGACCCGUGCAAGGGGCACUCUUAUGGGGAGCUCUUCUUUCAGCUGCUAGGCUUCAUGGAAGAGUAGACAUUGCUCGCGAGGCAAGUAAGCGGCUGAUUGAAACCAAUCAGAAAGUGACAGGUGCUUAUGUCUUACUCUCCAAUGCAUAUGCAACGACCGGAGAAUGGGAAAAGUCUGAGUAUCUUCGCUCUGAGAUGAAGCGUGGUGGAAUCGUGAAAGAACGCGGUUCCAGUUGGAUUGAGAUUAAGGAUUCAAUAUACCUUUUUCACGCCGGGGAUUUGUCGUGUGAUCAGACUGGUGAGAUUCUGAAACUGUUGAAGGAUCUGAAGGGAAGAAUGAAGGAGAGAGGAUACAGGGAAAGCACCAAGGCAGGUUUAUCGGUUUUAGUUGAUGUUGAUGAAGAAGCAAGAGAGGAGAUGGUGGAUCUGCACAGCGAGAAAUUAGCAUUGGCCUUCGGGCUGAUACAUUUGCCCCAAGGAUCAACCAUUCGGAUAAUGAAGAACCUGAGGAUGUGUGGAGAUUGCCAUGAGGCUUUCAAGCUGACCAGUGGCAUUGUUGAGAGGGAAAUUGUUGUUAGGGAUGUGAACAGGUUUCAUUCCUUCAAGGAUGGAUCUUGUACAUGUAACGAUUUUUGGUGAUCUCUUUGUUUUUCGUUUUUCAUCUGUACGCAUAUUCAAGGGCAAAAACAUUAUUGAUCAUGCGCAUAUUCUGCCAAUUAGUAAAU